AGACUUGUUCUCAGAAUGGAGUGCAACGUGUCCACAAAUCCUAACGUGUCCAGAAACUACACAGAUGACGAAAGAACAUGCUAUCUAGCACAUCUCCAACUCUACUCCACCUACACCAUGAUACCCGCCAUCAUUUUUCUGGGUGUUCUCUGCGUCGUUGGAAUCAUCGGGAAUUCCAUCGUCCUCUUUGUUUACUCACAGAGGUUCAGGAGUACAGCCUCUGGUACCUUCAUCAUGGCGAUAGCUGUCUUUGACUUGAUGGCUAACAUAAUGCUCAUUCCAGGUGACAUUCACAGUAUGUUUCAUCACUGGGACUUUGACAUGGUUUACCCUUGCAAGUUACGUCUGUAUGGACAUGCAGUAACCCACGGGGCAUCGUCAUUAUUCCUCGCGGCCUUGGCAGUGACCAGGUAUCGAAAAAUUUGCAAACCAUUUUGCAAUCAAGUGACUGUAAAACAAGCAAGAAUUACUUGCAUUGGGCUCACUUUCUUAGCAAUAGUCCUUUCUAUUUUAUACUUUAUAAUCCAAGGCAUACAGAAGAAGAAAACGCCGAAUCCAAACAUUUUUGGCUACGUCUGUUACGUUGACGAUAAAUUUAACGGAACUGCAUUGCAUAAAAUAAACACAACUCUUUUUGUGUUAUUUUUUAUAACUGUAUCUAGCCUCCUUGUUGUGUUGUAUGUAAAGAUUUGGUUUAGAGCGAAACGGCAUCAUAACCGUAAACCAAGCACACACGCAAGGGGAGUUUCUGAACAGGAAACGGAAAUGACAAGUUUUGCAGAUGUAUCUUUCGAACCGACAUCCAACACAUUCACGAAUACAGCCUCAACUUUGGAAAGCGUCAAUGGAGCAAUACAAGCAGGUAAAAACAUCAAAAUACACGAACCAUCGACGUCAUUAUCAAGUAAGCUUCUUGAAUUUAAAAGAAGGAAACGAAAUACAAUGCUAAUUUCAAGUUUUCGUACUGUUAAGGAAUUAUCCAAGUACCAACACAGGGACCCUGAAAAUAUCGAACCUGAACAAAGGGAUAGGGCUAACUCUAUUAGAAACAAAGCACUAUCUAAAAGUUGUGAGUGCGUUGAUUUUAUCCCUUCUGCAGGCAACCCAUCGCCCCAUCAAACUAGCUACACAUCCAUAUUAAAGAAAUCAGCGAGUUCUGCUAACCAUUUCGCAAGCGACCUCCAGAUUUUUAAGUCUUAUGAAAAAGUCGAAACAACUAGACUAAAAAGAUCAGUUACUCUGAGUACCUUUGAUAUCAACAAAAGUUUCAGCGCGGAAAAUAAAAGUUUAAAGAUAAAAACCAAAAGACCAAAAAGACGUCGAGGUUCAGGAAGGAUCACUUGUAUGCUGGUGACCAUCAGUUCUAUCUACAUUUUAAGCUUACUCCCCUUUAUGGUGUUCAACGCUAUAAAAACAGUCGCUCCGGAAUUUCCCGAAUCCAUGAACUUUCACGUACAGAGCUUGUAUCACUUUUUGUUUAGAUCGUAUUUGAUCAACACGGCUGUCAACCCCAUUGUGUAUAGUUUUUGUGAUGUCAAGUUUAGAAAGGAAUGUCUGAGUCAAUUUAGAAGCCUAACUUGUCAUUAA